AUGUCUGCCCAGAGCGAAUCUUUCAAGAAGGCCGUUGAGGACUCCAAGAAGCUCACCUCCAAGCCUGGUCCCACCGAGCUCCUCGAGCUCUACGCUCUCUACAAGGGCAAGGCCAAGUACAACGCCUGGAAGAAGGUCGCCGAGGAAGACAAGCUCACCCCUGAGGCCGCUCAGGCCAAGUAUGUCGAGCUCGUCGAGAAGCUCAAGGUGAGCCACGGCUACGACGCCAACAAGGUCCCCGAGACCGUUGGCGCUUAA